GCAGUGUUAUUAGGACACAGCCUGUAGCACCGAGGCUGUGCGAUCGGGCCGGACGGGGUACUCGGUUUCGCCUCCGCGCGGUGAUUGGGUGGAAGAUGGCGCUGGCCGAAUGGAAAUCCUAAUGACAGUUUCCAAAUUUGCCUCUUUUUGUACCAUGGGCGCCAAUGCCUCCGCUUUGGAGAAAGAAAUUGGCUCGGAGCAAUUCCCUGUCAACGAGCACUACUUCGGACUGGUUAACUUCGGGAACACCUGCUACUGCAACUCGGUCCUCCAGGCUCUGUACUUCUGCCGGCCGUUUCGGGAGAAGAUCCUGGCCUACAGGAGUCAGCCACGCCGUAAAGAGAACCUGCUCACCUGCCUGGCCGACUUGUUUCACAGCAUCGCCAACCAGAAGAGGAAGGUGGGCGUCAUCCCUCCGAAGAAAUUUAUCACGCGGCUGCGCAAAGAGAACGAGCUCUUUGAUAACUACAUGCAGCAGGAUGCGCAUGAGUUCCUCAACUACCUGCUCAACACUAUAGCCGACCUGCUGCAGGAGGAGAAGAAGCAGGACAAGCAGAACGGCAAACUGGCCAACGGCACGCUUGAUUCGCAGAAGAGCAACGGCUCCCCUCCGUCCACCACAUGGGUACACGAGAUCUUCCAGGGCACGCUGACCAACGAGACGCGCUGCCUCACCUGCGAGACGAUAAGCAGCAAGGACGAGGACUUCCUGGAUUUGUCUGUGGACGUCGAGCAGAACACUUCAAUCACACAUUGCCUCAGGGGCUUCAGUAAUACGGAGACCCUGUGUAGUGAAUACAAAUACUACUGUGAGGAAUGUCGGAGUAAACAGGAGGCACACAAAAGGAUGAGGGUGAAGAAGCUGCCCAUGAUUUUAGCUCUGCACUUGAAGAGGUUUAAAUACAUGGAGCAGCUCCAGCGUUACACUAAGCUAAGCUACCGCGUGGUCUUCCCUUUGGAGCUCCGCCUCUUCAAUACGUCCGGAGACGCGACCAAUCCCGAGAGGCUUUAUGACCUUGUCGCCGUGGUAGUGCACUGCGGGAGCGGGCCCAAUCGUGGACACUACAUCGCUAUCGUCAAGAGUCACGACUUCUGGCUGCUCUUCGACGAUGACAUCGUAGAGAAAAUCGAUGCCCAGGCGAUAGAGGAGUUCUACGGAUUAACCUCGGAAAUCUCCAAGAACUCGGAGUCGGGCUACAUCCUGUUCUACCAAUCCAGAGACUGAGAUUGUUCAGCACCCGCCCUCUCCCCUUGUGGAACCCCGCGGAACAUGCCAGACUGCGUUUCCAAAUCCUGCCGUGUCCCAACCCUGAGCAGGCUGCAUCAGAUCACGCUGACCACCCCCCUCCCUAACCUUCCACCCCAAACUGCCCUGACCCUUAACCCCAUCAUCCACCCCCCCACUGCAGCAGUCCGGAUGUGAUGCAGUUACAGCAUUGUGUGUACGUCGUGAGAAUGUUUAAUCGCACUGGCUGAAAUGUGUUUGUUGUACCCGGCUCUGUGACACUGACAGUCCUGACAUGCUGCAACCUUUAUAAGCCUGAGUUUCUGACAAAAGGCUUGUGCAUGGGGAAUAUAGGGGGCGCGUCCUGAACGGAGGAGAGGGGCUAUAAACUGAACAUACGGGGCUAUUUGUGGGUUUAUGUAUUUCUACUUUGUACAUAGUGGUAUUUGUAUAAAUAUUAUAAAAUUAUAAUAAUAUUAAUUACUGAUAUAGGUGAAAAAGAUCGAAACAUUGAAAAUAUGUAUAACACUAUGGUGCACUUUUGAUACCGUUUUGUAGGUGUUUGGCAGGUUUGUGUGAGGGUUUGCUUGAGACGGCCUGUUGUGAAAUCAUUUUCUGUUUUAAAGAAAAAGAAAUAAAGUGUACAGAUCAAGAUGUAAA